AUGCAAAACAGUGAUAUACAAAGCGACGUGGAGAAAUAUGAAUGGAAUCGUUGGGUUCCUCGAAAGGUAAAUAUCUUCGGGUGGAGAAUGAAUCUGGAUCGACUUCCAACUAGAUCGGCACUAUCAAAAAGGAACAUUACUUUGGCCUCACUUUCGUGUCCACUAUGCGGUGAAAGGGAUGAAACGGUUGAGCACAUUUUUGGAUCAUGUUAUAUUAGUUCAGUGAUAUGGCAUAUGGUGUCUAGAUGGCUCUCCAUUCCUCCUAUCUAUGCCUUUAGCAUUUCGGAUCUUCUACGGAUUCACGAGCAUAUCAACUGGCCGAAGCCAAUGAAAAAAAUGGUGCACGCCAUCAUUCUUACUACUUGCUGGAGCUUGUGGAAACUUCGCAACGAUGUAGUCUUUUCGGGCAUUAGAGUCGACAUCUCAAGAUUAUGGGCAGAUAUCAAAGCUACAAGUUUCUUAUGGAUCAAAAACAGAGCAAAAAUGCAUACGCUCGAUUGGUCUAACUGGUGUAAUUUUAAUAUUCUGUAA